GCGCGCUGUCAGCGACGCCGGAAGUCCUGGGUCGGCCUGGCGGUAACCUUGCGGGCCUGGCCACCGCUGCCGAGGUGAGCUCUGCCUGUCUGAGCGUUGGCCCAGCGAAGCUCCUUAGCUGCGGGGGGCCGCCGAGGUCGCGCGGGAGGGCGCUGAGGGCCGCGGAGCUCGGGCGCGCGCGCAGGACCUCGCAGCCGACAUGUCUCUGGUGGCGGAAGCGUUCGUCUCCCAGAUAGCAGCUACAGAACCUUGGCCUGAAAAUGCGACCUUGUAUCAGCAACUGAGAGGGGAGCAAAUUUUGCUUUCUGACAAUGCAGCAUCUCUUGCUGUGCAGGCAUUUUUGCAGAUGUGUAAUCUACCUGUCAAAGUGGUGUGUAGGGCAAAUGCAGAAUAUAUGUCUCCAUCUGGAAAAGUACCUUUUAUUCAUGUGGGAAAUCAAGUAGUGUCAGAACUUGGCCCAAUAGUCCAGUUUGUUAAAGCCAAGGGCCAUUCUCUUAGUGAUGGGUUGGAUGAAGUCCAAAAAGCAGAAAUGAAAGCCUACAUGGAAUUGGUCAACAAUAUGCUGCUGACUGCAGAGUUGUAUCUCCAGUGGUGUGAUGAAGCUACAGUCGGGGAGAUCACUAUUGCUAGGUAUGGCUCUCCUUACCCUUGGCCUCUGAACCACAUUUUGGCCUAUCAGAAGCAGUGGGAAAUCAAGCGUAAGAUGAAAGCUAUUGGAUGGGGUAACAAGACUCUGGACCAGGUCUUGGAAGAUGUAGACCAGUGCUGCCAAGCCCUUUCCCAAAGACUGGGAACACAACCAUACUUCUUCAAUAAGCAGAAUGUACAGGGGCAGUGUCUACAAAGCAAGCCCUUGAACGCAGGCAUAUCUGGAAACCUGGAUAUAUCCAGAAAUAUCCUGGAUCCUCAUAGAUAUUUGCAGGAUUGUGCCGACAUGCUGAGACUCAGUGCAUCAAAGCGCAGCUUCCAGUCCUUCAUGAGGGGAACCUGGAGGCAGGAGCUGAGACAGGAACCUGGAGGCAGGAGCUGAAAAAGAGAUGGUGGCAGAACACUGUUUCCUGGCUUACUCUCAUGGUUACCUGUCACCCGUCACUAGUGGGAAAUUCAUCAACUUGGCUCUGCUCCUGAGAUACAGCUCCCAGGAAAAGGACUGACUCUCUCCUAUGCCUUAGGAGAGCAUCGUACAGACAGUUCUUUCACAUUCUCAGAGUCUGGGGUCAGCAAUGGAAUUUUCAGAUUAGUCGCAGAUGCCCUCCCCACACCGUCCUGCGUCAGCUUUAGUAACUGGUUGCACUUUAAUCCAAAAGAAAACUUCUCAGGCCAUUGAGCUUCAAUACAGUUUAAUGCCUUAAGGCU